CAAUCCAUAUCACUCCGCUAGCGCUACGUACGCCUCGCUUCACUUCACCAGCAGAUCCAGCGGACAACCCAGGCAAAAACACAAUGGCCGCUCCUUCUCCCGCCGUCGCCGCCGUCAGCAGUGCGCCCUCGUCCGGGCUCCUGCCGGCGCGGCGCGCGGCGCCGUGCAGCGCCGUCCAGGUCCAGCUGCCGUCGAUAAGGAGAGCCGCGCCGGGGGGCAGGAUGGCGACGGUGGCGCGCGCGGUGGGCGACGUGGGGGCGGAGGGCAACACGUACCUCAUCGCCGGCGCCGUGGCCGUCGCGCUCGUCGGCACUGCCUUCCCCAUCUUCUUCUCCCGCAAGGACACGUGCCCCGAGUGCGACGGCGCCGGGUUCGUGCGCAAGUCCGGCUCGACGCUGCGGGCGAACGCGGCCAGGAAGGACCAGGCGCAGAUCGUGUGCGCCAACUGCAACGGACUCGGCAAGCUCGGGCAGAUCGACAAGUAGAGCCUCCCCUAAGCGACGUCCCUUCUCCACUUCACGCCUCCUUCUGCGCAUAUAUGUGCAUCGAUCCCGUCGAUCGGUCGCGUCUUCGUCUUCCUUCCUCUCGUCCUCCCCUGUUUUCUUGCAGUUGCGUGGGACGCGGGAAUCCUACAGGAACUGAUCCAUAUAGAGAAGAUCGAGGUCCUGUAGAAUUCCCGGGUUCCCAACUGCAUCCUUCACCGUGAUUUUUCUUCUUUCUUAGUUUCUUUUACCGCGUUGCGCCGGAUGUGUGAGGUCUCGUGUUAGUAACUGUGUGCCUGUGUAUAGAUAAAUGCUUUCUGUGGACCGUGGAGUAUAUGUACGUGCGUGUAUGACACAAUGUACUAAUGUGGAGCGGGAUUGCUAAAUCUGAGUCAUCUGAGUCGACUCAAGACUCAAACCGUAUUA